UUUUAGUACGAAUACUGUCGGGCCAGCGAGCGAGAGUGCGGCCGACGCGAGACGCGCCGCGCGUUUACCGGCAUCCUACGAUUUCCGUUUCGUGUCAUCGUGUUUUUAUUGUGUGUCGUAUCCAUCGUCGUAGUCGUUAUUGUUGUCGUUGUCAUUAUCGUCGUCGUCGUCGUCGUCGCCGUCGUCGUGUGAUCAUCGUGUGAUCGUGUACCAGUCCCCCGGUUCCCCAAUCCCUCCCCUCCGCCGUCUGUCAGUGUCGCAGUUAACGACCCGGUGCAUCGUGACCGCGGUGAGCCCGCGGUCUCCCCGGGUGGCUCGCGGUGGUCCCCGUCGCAAAAGAGUGCGCUAUGCGAGAGAGGGAUAAAUCGGUGACUGGCAGACGGCGGCCAUCUUCCAGAUGAGUUUUUCCUCCUUUCUUCCGAUAAACGAAGCGCGCUAUGCCGUGAAAGAGAAGGACAGCGAAGACGAGAGAGAUAGAUCUUCCCCUCCUUGAUUGAUAGAGAACGAGAGAGAAGACGACAAGAAAGAGAGAAGGGAGGACAAGAAGGUGCGAGAGGGAAGGAAAUUUGUCCGCGUCUAUCAUAUAUGCGACGAGAGAUGCGGUGAACGGCGCGUGCUGCUCGGCGGAGUCACGAAAUUUCACGAGCGCGUGUCGCCGCUUCGACCAGGCCUUCGCCUCUCCGUCUGUGAGUGCGAGAAAGAAGAAAACGGUCGCUCUCGUGCGAGCGAGAGAGAGACAGCAGACGUAUUAGGAAGUGCGCUGCCUUGCCGCGCGUGUACGAGAAAGAGAGAGACGAAGAGACGGCAGAGAGCGAAGGCAGAGCGGAAGGGAGAGAGAGAGAGAGAGAGAGAGAGAGAGAGAGAGGUGUGCGGGGGAAGAAAACGGAAGCAGCGGUGCUGAGUGAAAAGAACACGGAGAAGCCUGACCCCCUAUCGCCGCACGUUUACUUCGUAAUCGCGUCGUUUUCGCGAGAACGCGAGAGACCGGCGGCCGGAACGAAGGAAGAGCGAAGAACAGGAGUACAUAAAAGGAGUCAAAGGAAAAAGAAAGAAGGAAAAGAAGAAACAAACGCGCGUGGCUGUACUGUUACAGAAAGGAAAUCCUCGCGUACUGUCGCCGGAAGUGGCCGACCGGGUGGCCGGGUGUUGAUCGGGAGUGCGCGAAAACCUUACGGAUGGUCUUCGCGGUGCGGCCCACCCGGUACAUCGGCGAUCGAGAGAGUGUAGUGUGAGAUCAAUAAUGAGACAGGUGCUCUCAUUGGUGUAAAGCGAUGCGGCGGAGCUGAGAGUUUUGUUGGGCGGCACUAGGGCUCAUGAAAAGUGUAUCCGGCGCGCGUAACGACGCCGACGCCGUCAAGGACCAACGUGCCGCGAGACAUUCGAGCGAGUUGGAUCAGUGUAAUUAUAAUGUAGUGCCAACUCUGCAGAUGGAUAAACAGGGAUGACUGAUAAUUGCUGGAACUCUGGUGGUGGCGCUGGCGUCAAGAUGGAGCACUUUCAGGCCACCCUGGACCCAAGGAAGCAGGAGUUGUUGGAGGCCCGCUUUCUCGGAGCGAGGAUGUCUGCUGGGUCACAAAUUCAGAUGGCACCCCAAACAACCGUAAACUCUGGUCAGACAGUUCAUAGUCAAGACUCGAACAUGAGCACUGGCUCAUCGCAUAGUGAUAAGGAGGUGGAUGCAAACACUCCGGAAAAAGUACCACGGACUACUUCUGAGAGGAAAAGAAAACGUAAAGCCGAUGAUGGAGGUGGAGGUGUCGCAGGUGGCUCUGUAGCUAGUAAGGGUGCUAGAUCAGUUGCUGCUCUUGAUAAUAAGAAGAUCAAUGAGUAUUUUCCAAAGCAUCAUCUGGGCAAUAGCCCUAUUCGGCACGGUGGAGCCAAGAGCCCUUCCCCUCAACAGGGUUAUCCUAUGUACCCACCAUCGCCACAACAGUUACUUUCGCCACAAGUAACAACACCUAAUUCUUCGGUGGCGGAAUUCUCUUCGUUGAUGCAGCCACCGAGACCUCAUCCUCAACCUCCACCACCUCCUCCACCAGCUUCGUCGCAACCUGCAGGCUCUAUGGUCAGCAAGCAGGUGCAGGUAAGGCCUACCAACCUCAAUAGGACAAGCCAGGUCAGGCAAGCGAAGACUAACACCCCAAAUACAGAACUUACUUGCCAGAGGAUACAGGAAUUUGAAACUCAAGCCUCUUCAGACUUAGAACUACGUAACAAUAAAAUUGACGAGUUAAAUAGGACAACGGACGAACUUAGGCAUCAAAUCGCUAAUCAACAGAAAGUGCUUGAGCAGCACAAAUCACAUAUAAAUAAGUGUAUAGACGUUGUAAAGAAGUUAUUAAAAGAAAAAUCAAACAUAGAAAAAAAGGAGGCUAGGCAGAAGUGUAUGCAAAAUAGACUGAGGUUGGGCCAGUUUGUGACGCAAAGGGUGGGUGCGACGUUUCAAGAGAACUGGACCGACGGUUAUGCAUUUCACGAGCUUGCACGACGGCAAGAGGAAAUAGCAACGGAACGAGAGGAGAUCGACAAGCAGAAGAAGCUGCUACUCAAGAAGAGGCCGUCGAACAGUGAGACAGGCAGGAAACGUAGUCAACCACAACCUUCCUUGCAUAACGGUACCGAGGCGACAUUUUUGAAGCCAGAUGCAGUACCUGGGUCGUAUACGUGGCAGGAGUAUUAUGAAGCUGAUGAAAUACUCAAGUUGAGGCAAAGUGCGUUGAAAAAGGAAGACGCAGAUUUGCAACUAGAAAUGGAAAAACUCGAAAGGGAGCGAAAUUUACACAUUAGAGAGUUAAAGCGAAUUCACAAUGAGGACCAAUCGAGAUUUAACUCUCAUCCUGUUUUGAAUGAGCGAUAUCUCUUACUAAUGUUGUUAGGAAAAGGCGGUUUCAGUGAAGUGCAUAAGGCAUUUGACUUAAAAGAGCAACGGUACGUGGCUUGUAAGGUGCAUCAAUUAAAUAAAGACUGGAAAGAAGACAAGAAGGCUAAUUACAUAAAACAUGCAUUGCGAGAAUAUAAUAUACACAAAGCACUUGAUCAUCCUCGAGUCGUAAAAUUGUACGACGUAUUUGAAAUUGAUGCCAAUUCCUUUUGUACUGUUCUGGAAUAUUGUGAUGGCCAUGAUUUAGAUUUUUACCUCAAGCAGCAUAAGACUAUACCCGAAAGAGAAGCGAGAUCUAUUGUUAUGCAAGUCGUAUCGGCAUUAAAAUACCUCAAUGAAAUAAAACCCCCAGUCAUACAUUACGAUCUAAAACCAGGUAACAUCCUGUUAACCGAAGGCAAUGUGUGUGGUGAAAUAAAAAUCACGGAUUUCGGUUUAAGUAAAGUGAUGGACGAGGAAAAUUAUAAUCCGGAUCACGGAAUGGAUCUAACGUCCCAAGGAGCGGGUACUUAUUGGUACCUACCUCCUGAAUGCUUCGUCAUUGGCAAAAAUCCUCCUAAAAUAUCGUCCAAGGUUGACGUGUGGAGUGUAGGAGUUAUAUUUUAUCAAUGUCUAUACGGUAAAAAGCCUUUUGGUCACAAUCAAUCGCAAGCCACCAUUUUAGAGGAGAAUACGAUACUAAAAGCCACCGAAGUCCAGUUCGCGAAUAAACCAACCGUCAGCAACGAAGCAAAGAGUUUCAUAAGAAGUUGCCUAGCGUAUAGGAAGGAAGAACGUAUAGACGUACUGACACUAGCUAGACACGAAUACCUGCAACCCCCAGUGCCAAAACAUGGCCGCCAAGCGAACAGCCAGCAGCAGCAGCAACAACAACAGAUCCAGCAGCAGCAACAGAGCUCGUUCAAUAUCGGCAUGUUUAGUGGUAUGAACGCGUCGAGCAGUUCGUAGUGGAGAGGAAGAACUAAGGACAAAAUCCUCGAUAUAUACCAAUACAUGCCAAAUCUUGAGCGCUCGGACUGUGUACACCAUCUCAUCUUAGGGAAAUAACGAUUGCUAUAACCAAUUGUAAAUACUAAAACCGGAUACUAUCAUCGUCACCACCCACCAUCACUACUUACCACCACCCAUCACCACCACCACAAUUAUUAUCACAUCUAUCACCGCCAUCACCACACCAUCACAACUAUACUUACAGGAUCGACUACAUAGGACAUUGCAAGAGAGAUGCGAGACUGGUCACCCGCAAGUCCAGGAGCUUGCGUCUUUCUACAAGCCACGCCACAUUAUUCAGCAUGACAAGAAACAAUGUUGUGUUCGUAAAUAUUCAAUUGUAUUAUCGUUCCUUGUAUCAAACAGUGCGAUGACUUGAUAAUAGUGUUUAAAAGAAACAAGAGAGCGAGAGAGAACGAACGAGCGUGCGAACGAGAAAAUAACAUGUGAUAAGUCAUUACGAGAUAAAAGUGACGUCUAGAAUAAGAGGGGAGGGGGGAAAUAGAGCAUGUAUGAAAGAGAGAAAGAAAGCGCAAGAGCAUCAAGUAAAAUGAAUUUUUUUUUCGAUGGAAGCAAAAUAAAGUUGAUGAGAUAAAGGAAGCAACGAAGAAUAGGAGAAAAAAGUAGGAAGAAGUUGAGAAAAGCAAUCGGAGCAAUCGCUUUCACGGAGAUGACGUUUCUCUCUCCCAGCGUUUUAGUGUGCGUGAGCGAACGAUAGAGGAUUGUUAAAAUUAGUGUGAGUGUAUAUAUUUAUACUAUAUAUAUAAAUAUAUAUAUAUAUAUAAACUAAUAAAUUCGACAUAAUAUAUAUAUAUAUGGUGUAAAAAGAACGACGACGACAAGCAUUGACAGUGGGAAGACAACUGUGGUGGCUCUAUCCUCGCAUGACCUCCGGCGCCGGUACCGGCAUUCCAUGAAUGCUCGGCCCGUGCAUCAUGUUACUUUAUUCGAAUAUUAACAUUAUUACCUGUAUCAUGACUAAUAACGGUUAACAUACACGCGCAUCCACGCCCACAUACGAAAACACAUACACGACACGAGUACACGAAGGAGAUUUGAUUGGUUGUUCCUAUUCUGAGACGAGAGUGGGCUUUAUCUAUAAUGCCGGAACGAUAGUCCGAUAGAGAGCGAAGUGAGAAUCGUAUAGAAAAAACAAGAGUGUAUGUGUGUGAGAAAGAGAGAGAGAGAGAGAGUCGCGAUGUGCUCCCAAAGUGAAUUAAAAAAAAGCAUCGUAGUCCACCACUUAUCAUCACCACUUGUAAAACCCGUUCUCACGCGUGUAUCGUUUAAAACCCCGUGUCGAUUCGCUGUAACGAAGCCACGCAUUACGUUUUUCCUCCUUCACUCUUCCUCCUUUUUUCUUCUCUCCUCUCUUUUCUCUCUCUUUUUUCUCUAAAAUUAGAGAGAUAGAGAAAAGGAGAGCGAGAGAAAGAGAAAGCGCGGAUCCAAAUGUAUGUGUACAGAGCAAGUUUAAAGAAACGGUUAAAUGAUUUAUAAUUAAUUAAUCAGACGAGAAGUACGGGAAAAAUAUGACGAGGAUAAGGAAAAACGAGCAAAUCUUUAAGAUAAGAAAGUCCGUGAAAUGCUAUACCGACCCAAUCAUUAUUUCUUUACUCGUAAUUUGUUUUAUAUAUGUACGUUAUAUAUAGAUAAUUAUGAAAUAGAAAACUAAGUUAUUUUAUCAAGUGCCCUUGCUUUGUAUUAUAGUCGCGUCCGUCGGCGAGCCGUAGCUUCUGGGAGUAAAAGAAAGAGAGAGAAAGAGAGAAUGAAGAGAGAAUGUGUUGAGAGCGAAAGUGAGAUUAAAGCGAGCGAGUGUGUGUGUUGUUAAAAUAUUGCGUCAGUUAUUGGUACAAUGUGGGCACCGGGGUAUUGAUGACAAUUCAAUACCAUCAAUGUGAUUGGCAGAAGUGUGGUGAGAGAGGAGAAUACAUUACAAGUCUGAACAGAGUCUACUACUUAGAUCCGUCGCUUCAAUUUUGAAAAAAAAAAAGAUCAACCGUUCCUGCAUCCCGCAUCCCAUUUUUUUCGCGAAAAAACGCGAGUGCGCUCUUUUUUUAUUUUACACGCGCGAUGUGUCGCAUUAAUCGUGCUCAUUAAUGCUCUUUGAGGUGACAUGAUUCCAAAGGGAUAUAAUUCGCGUUGCAAUUCGACAGUUUUCCUCUACGAAGUAGAUUUCCGAAAUUCUUUUCGCUGAUAAGGAAGAGAAGGGGGGAGGGAGGAGUAUUAACGCGAUUAAUAAAAUGUAAAAAUUGUUAUCUGCAUUGUUUCUCCAUUAUAUCAUUUUCGAUGAACCUAGAUUGAGUAAAGCUUAUCUCUAAAAGUUUACUGCAGCCGGCCUUCAAAAAAUUAUUCGAAGAUGUAAUUUGCCAAACGUUUAACGCCUUCGAGAUCUCUCGUGGUGAAUGAUGAACAUUUACGCGAGAAUACAUAGGAUUCGUAUACUUUGCGACAGGAAGGAUAAUUUUACAUUUAUACAUAUCUAUAUGGAAUUCUCUGUGAAACGUAAUCGGUGAAUGCAAUCACGUGCAUGUAAAAUAGAAACGGAAAAAUUAAAAAAAAAAAGGAUUUUAUCGAAAACUUUUCACUGAGCACAAAUAGAAAGAAAAAUACCUUCCCAUCGACUAUAAGGUAUUGCCAUGAUCUACAUACUAUUAUAAUAUCCGUAAUACUAAA